AGCGUGUUGUUGUCUGUCGCUGCUGGGGACCGAGAGCUGCCAAGGUCGGUGAAAGUACAGUCGAGACCACGUUACAUCCUCGAGAGUACCACCUCAAGGACACACAGGGUUCCACUCAGUCAAAUAUUCACGCGCUUCCCCUGUUUUUAACGGACGUCUCUGCUGUCACCAUGGAAACGGAUGGCUUUAGACACAGCCUUGCAGCCAGAGCGUGUGGUUGUGCAUGAAAUGCACGGUAAAUAUCCCCAUGCAUCUUGUUGGACUGUGUGUGUGACACAUUGCUUCAGGAGAUAAAGAGAAAGCGGAUGAUAUAGACAGUAACCCGAGCUCCUCCACCAGAGAAGGUUUGCUGGAAUGGGUAACCUGCUAAAAGUCCUAACAAGGGAUAUAGAGAACUAUCCACACUUUUUCCUGGACUUUGAAAACCUCGCAUCAACUGGAGCAAAGCAGCGCAAACAGCCGAGACAUAUUCCCUGUGUUCCAGUCGUAACCGUCCAGGAACUAUAUGCACAGCCAACAGAAGGAGAACGUGAGGUGUGGAACCAGGUGAACUCCGUCCUUCAGGUCUCGGAGAACAUCCUGUUUGGCCUGCAGGCGUACAAAGGAGCCGGCCAGGAGAUCAGAGAUGCGAUUCAAAACCCCAACGACUUCAUGCUGCAGGAGCGAGCCUGGAACUCAGUCUGCCCGCUAGUCAUCAAGCUCAAGAAGUUCUACAGCUUCUCUCUCAGACUAGAAGAGGCUCUGCAGAGUUUGCUGGAGUGCCUGACCUGUCCGCCCUUCACGCCUACGCAGCACCUGGAGAGGGAGCAGGCUCUGGCCAAACAGUUUGCUGAGAUCCUCCACUUCACUCUGCGCUUCGAUGAGCUCAAGAUGAGAAUUCCGGCCAUCCAGAAUGACUUCAGCUACUACAGAAGAACCAUCAGUCGAAACCGGAUCAACAACAUGAAUUUAGACAUUGAGAGUGAAGUCAACAACGAGAUGGCCAACAGGAUGUCUCUGUUCUACGCAGAGGCCACACCAAUGCUGAAGACACUUAGCAACGCAACCACAAGCUUUGUGACAGAGAAUAAGACUCUUCCACUGGAGAACACAACAGACGUUCUCAGCACCAUGGCCAGCGUCUGUAAAGUCAUGCUGGAGACGCCGGAAUAUACUAGUCGUUUCAGCAGCGUGGACACAGUCUUGUUUUGCAUGAGGGUCAUGGUGGGAGUCAUCAUUCUUUAUGACCAUGUCCACCCCAACGGCGCCUUCAACAAGUCCUCCAAGAUAGACAUGAAAGGCUGCAUAAAGGUCCUGAAGGACCAGCCGGCAGACAACGUGGAAGGCCUCCUGAAUGCCCUCAAAUUCACCACCAAACACCUGAACGACGAGUCCACUCCGAAGAACAUCCGGACGAUGCUCCAGUAGUCCCUGCUCGUUCUUUUAUAUAUAAGCCGAUAUGAAGAGGAUCAAUGCUCUGACCUCAAAGAAGAUGUAUAUGUUUACAUUAUUUAAAAAGACUUGAUGUUAAUACUCGUGUGUAUUUGCAUAGUCAUUCCCUCCAAGCUAUUGAAAGCUGCAGAACAUAUACCUUCUACUUUGCAAAAACAGUAUGACAUCAUCACAUGAAUUGCCUCUACUGUUCACAGCUGUCAAAAGCACAAAUGAUGGACACCUGUCAGCCUUACGUACGUGCUGCACUUGGGGGGGUUGUCUUUAUGGAUCUUCUCAAUCAUUUAUUUGACAAUGGAAUUAGUUUGGUUUGCGGCUUAUAGACAAAUUGAACUUUGGUUUUUGAAGCUGAAAUGAAUCUUCUUCUUUUUUGAAAGAGUGAACAUUUGAAAUUGUGACAACGGUUCUCGUUUAUAUCACGAUGACACAUUCUGUGUCGACAUGUGUUAAAACAAGUGAAAUUGUUUCUGUCUUGAUCUACAAAGAAUGAGAUUGAAUAUGAAACCACUCCGUGUUCUGAUGGACUGAUUGGUUUCAUGUUCUACCGCUCAAAGCAUUCGGCUGUUUUCUGUUUUUAUAGCCAGCUGUUGCGUUUCUUUUUUCUUUUUUCACACUCCAAUCUCAUUCAACUGUUGAAAUAAAUCCACUGUGAACAUAAAAAGUGACUUUGCACAUGCAGUAAGAUCCAGUAUGUCAAGGCUUGCUCUAACUCCCAGGUUUGAAACAAGACUCUGAUGAUGAAAGAGGAAAUCAAAUGGCCCACCUGAUGUUUUAUUGAACCGCUCCUGUAUGUGGCCACGCUCUUUUAACUGACUUUUGUAUGAAACAGAAAAGGCAUUUCUCUCAAAGAAAGGCCUAAAAAAAGAAUAAAUGAUUGUGCUUCUUAAGUGAACCAGUUUUUUUUUUUUUAAAGAAACCCUUUUUUCUAAGAUCUCUUUCUUUCCUCUCUGUUUAACUGUCCGGCUCUAUUUCCAGAGGGAUGAAAGGAAUCGUUCACCUGGUCUCUACUGGGGAGGCCAGUGUGACCAGUUCCAUUAACACAAAGAAAAGCAGUUUGUCAUGUUUAAAACCAUAUUUCAGUUUAGUACAAUGACUUGACGGCUAGAAAUAAUUUGACUGCUUAAGUUGGUGACUUUCAAGUAGUUGUUCCCACAUGGACCUCUUCAUCCCACUCGGUUUGACCUCCGUGUGCAUCUGAUCAGCAGCUCCUCACACGCUGCACAAGGCCGGACAAUCUCCUCAUCCGCAACCGCCGUGGUUCAUUUGGGCUGUAAUCUGUUUGUAAAGGGACGCAGCGAAGAAACGCACGGAUCAGUCGGGAAGGCGCAUUUUAUUUUGGGUAAAACCGACGCAAAUGUUCCAGAGUACCCGAGCAGCUUUCAAUUUGACCAUCGUACUAUAAUGAUGAAUAAAUAUGACUUCACCAAAGCAUCAACAGCCCUGUGCUCUUGCAGCGUGGAGCACGCUGUGGCCUUAAACCGUUGCACAAGCUGACUAAUAUCAGGUUGAACUCUGUAGAGAUGGUGCUUCUUUAUUUUUCAUCCACGACAACUGCUUUGAUUUCAUCCAUAAGCCGUGUAGUCACUGCUCCACACGCCCUUUGAGUAACGCUCAGCUAAUAACACGAUAUUAACAUGUUGGGUAUCUACCAUUCAUUUAGCUGUUUGGUCCUCCUGUGUUUAGUAAUAUAUGUGUGUGUGUGUGUGUGUGUGUGUGUGAUGAGGUCAAAGUACACGUGUACGUAUGAUACUGAUGUUUGGGUUCAACAGAACUCCUCAUGACUGAAGUACACGACGCUUCUCUCUGUGUUGAAUGCCAGAUGUCCUGAACACUGAGACAGAAUCAGCUGUUUGUCUUAAACUGUUUGGAGUUGAGACUCCAUGUUGAUUUAAAAAAAAGUGCUUUGGCUUUGUUUUGCAUUAUGAAUGGGAUGUGUGGAUAAUAAAGGUGGUACAUUUCUUAUACGGAA